CUGUAAGAAGUUCAGCAAUCGUAUAUUUCUGUCGUUAAUUAAAUUCAAGGCAACCAAAGAAUUUCAUCUCAUUCUCUUCUAGGCACAAAGUCUACAGACAGAAUAAAAUUUCCGUAAAAUAUGGUUCAGUCUAAAACACUCAUUCUGUUUUGUUCAUUGCUAGUGAUAUGUGUUUUCUCUGCACCACUUGACGAUGAUGAGGACGACGAGGACGAUGUCGAAAUGAACGAUGAAGAGUUAAGUGCGAAUAGUGAAAACAGUACUGUAAGUCUAUCGGCUCCCAAUCCAACUCCAAAUAAAUGGCCUAUGACAGACCAAAAGCCUUAUCGAGUAAUUGUUCCAAUUGUGAUCCGCGAAAAAGACUUCACAAACGAAGCUCUGGAGAAUUUUCGGGCUGGUUUGCAAGACAUAGAAGAAAAAACUUGUGUUCGAUUCGUUGAUCGCUUACCUCGUCACAAAGACUUCAUAUUCGUACAUGAUAACGGAAAAGGCAAGUGCUGCUCAAGGGUAGGCAAAGGCGGUGGAAAACAAUCUCUGAAGUUAACGAACAACUGCAUGCUAGUACGAAAGAAAUGCGUUCACGAAGUCUUACAUGCCCUUGGCUUCCAUCAUAUGCAUCAACGCUACGAUCGAGAUAAUGCUAUCACCAUCAAAUGGGAGAAUAUUGAGGAAACGAAGAGUCCGUUUUUUAAAAAACUUGAUAACGAAUGGGAAGCUUACAAUACACCAUACGAUGUGUUGUCAUGUAUGCACUAUCUUAAAAACGGUUUUUCGAAAAAUAGACAAAUGACCAUAGAAACUAAGGACCCGAAAUUUCAAGAUGAAAUUGGCAAACAAUUCACAUUGAGUGAUGGCGAUGCGCAACGAAUCGUUCGAAUGUAUAGGUGCCCUGGACAAUAUUGGAAUUCGUUACGCCAAUAAUCGAAAAAAAAAAUAAGCUGCGAGUGGUUCUACGAACAUUUUGUUUAUUUAUAUUCGAUUCAAUAAAUAGCGACGAUUAAAUU